UGAACGCGCCCCCGUUUCAUUUUCAAGCAGCCGGGGUUUCUGGUGACGUCGCACCGGAAAGUACACAUUUCUCACGGUGCUGCAUUGACCCGAAAACAACACGACAGCACACAUUUCUACUGAAAACGGCUCAUGACACUUUCAUAGAAACACGAACUUGCGUUACAACAAUGGAGAAACCUCCCUUCAGGCAGAACCAGAACUGCGGAGACUGGGAGCUGAAAGAGAGGCUGGGCAUGGGCGGUUUUGCCCAUGUUUACCUGUACCAACAUCAUGAAACAAAUGAAAAACUAGCUGUGAAAAUGUGCCGUCUAGAGCUCACACCAAGGAAUAAGGACAGAUGGAGCAGAGAAAUCCAGAUCAUGAAAAAGUUAAAUCACAUCAAUGUUGUGACAGCCCGAGAUGUCCCAGAUGAAAUGAAGCACAUAGCCUUAAAUGAUCUUCCACUGUUGGCCAUGGAGUACUGCUCCAGGGGAGACCUGAGGAAGAUGCUGAGCAAACCUGAAAACUGCUGUGGUUUGAAAGAGAGCGAAGUGCUUUCAUUACUCAAUGAUGUUGGAUCUGGUAUUCAGUAUCUGCACGAAAACAAGAUAAUACACAGAGACCUUAAACCUGAAAACAUAGUGCUGCAAGAUAUCAACGGAAAGCUGGUUCACAAAAUCAUUGACUUGGGCUAUGCUAAAGACCUGGACCAGGGCAGCCUGUGUACCUCCUUCGUCGGCACGCUUCAGUACCUGGCACCUGAGCUAUUUGAGAAUAAGCCAUACACUGUUACUGUCGACUACUGGAGCUUUGGCACGAUGGUGUUUGAAUGCAGUUGUGGUUUCCGUCCAUUCCUGCACAACCUUCAACCUGUGCAGUGGGCCAGCAAAGUGAGGAAUAAAGGUCCAAAAGACAUCAUGGCUGUAGAGGAACUGAACGGAGAAGUCAGGUUCUCCACACACCUCCCGUACCCCAACAAUCUCAGCAGGACACUGUUGGAGCCAAUGGAAGCACUUCUUCAGCUCAUGUUAAAAUGGGAUCCUGUCCAGAGAGGAGGCAAAAUCAACCCCGACAUCAAGAAACCUCUGUGCUUUGAAGUGCUGGAGCAGAUACUGAGCAUGAAGGUGGUCCACAUCCUGAACAUGACCACAGCUCAGGUCCACUCUUUCCAGUUGACUCCGGACGAAAGUCUCCACAGUCUACAGAAGCACAUUGAGGCAGAGACCAAGAUUGAAGUGGUGAACCAGGAGCUGCUGCAGGAGACGGGAGUGUCGCUGGAUCCCAGGAAGCCCGCUGCACAAUGUGUCCUAGAUGGAGUGAGAGGGUGGGAUAGCUACAUCGUCUACCUAUUUGACAAGAGCAUCACCAAAUACUCUGGUCCCUUCAGUGCCAGACAACUGCCUGAUAAAGUCAACACUAUUGUACAAGAGGCCAAGACACAGCUGCCCCUGGUUGUGUUGAAGAAGGUUUGGGGUGAAGCAGUGAGCUACAUCUGUGGCCUGAAGGAGGACUACAGCAGGCUUUUCCAGGGACAGAGGGCUGCCAUGUUGAGUCUCCUGCGCUACAACACAAACCUGACCAGGUGUAAGAACAGCAUGUUUGGCUUCUCUCAGCAGCUGAAGGCCAAGCUGGACUUCUUCAAGAGCAGCAUCCAAUACGACCUGGAAAAAUACAGUGAUCAGAUGCACUAUGGCAUAUCCUCUGAAAAGAUGCUGAAAGCCUGGCAGGAGAACGAGGAAAGAGCUGCUGCUUUUGCACAGGUGGCAGAGGUGAGCCAUUUGGAUGAUGAGAUCAUGGCUCUGCACUCUGAGAUAGUGGAACUUCAGAGGAGCCCGUACGCUCGACGCCAAGGAGAGAAGAUGGAACAGCUAGAAGAAAAGGCGAUUGAGCUCUACAAGCAACUGAAGAUGAAAUGCAAAACACCUGAGCCAGAUGUGAGCAGUGACAGCUCCGAGAUGGUGAAGGCCAUCAUUCUGACUGUCCAGAACCAGGACAAGGUCCUCAAAGAUCUGUACACCCACCUCAGUAAGAUCCUGAUCAGCAAACAGAAGAUCAUUGACUUGUUUCCACGUAUUGAGAAAACCCUGGAGAGCAUUAAGGAUGCUGACAACACAGUGAUGCAGAUGCAGAUCAAGAGGCAGAGAGAGUUCUGGCAUUUACUGAAGAUCGCCUGUGCUCAAAACUCCUCAAGGAACUCGAUCGCAGCCAGUCCCGAGUCGUCCAACCUGCUGCAGGUUUCUCAAUGGUCACAGUUGGCACAACCUGUCAGCUCCCCACAUCCCCUAACCUCCCUACCUGGGCCCAAUGACAGUGAUGCUGCACCACGUCUGCUGCAGGAGAACCAGAAGUACCUCAGUCAGCUGACCAGCCUGAUGCAGGAGACUGCUGAUGAACAGACCAAAAGCAUAGUGGACCAAGACUGGAGCUGGACGAAAUACGAAACUUUAACAACAAAAUUAAAAAAGAGAAAUGCAUAAGCGGUGUUGCGCCCUCCAUCCCUGCCUGUGCACCGAGUAACACUAAAGACGUACGCUGUUAACACAGCAGAGUGGGGUCAAACAUGGACUCGGGAUAUUCUCUUAAAAAUGGCUCUCCUGAUCUUCUUUUAAGGAAAAAAAAAAAGGGGACGGAGUUCACACAUGCUCAGUGGUGUCGUCUCAGGGGCUGGUGAGCGGUUCGAUCAAUGAAUAUUCUUGUUUUUAUAUGAUGAAACAAUGAAACUGUGUCACUCUACUUUUUCCUUUCGCUGCACUAUAUACAUCAUAAUUCAUAAAAAGUGAUGACAUUCAUUUCUACUGCAAGAUUGAGCAAAUUGUAGCACAAGAUUUGGGGGUUUGAGGUGGAUUUAUCACGCGGGAGAGUAUUUGACAGAAGCAUGGGAAUUAGUUCAAACUUGUGACAUACAAGGAAAACACAGGAAGUGGUUGGGGGGGUUAGGGUGGGGGGCUCCAGGAGGAAAUUACAGUCAAGCAAACAGCACUUUGAUACUCCCACGUAUCCUGUCUGUAAAGAGUUGCGUUGUUCCAGAUGAAACGUUCCAGGCUGCCAAAACUGUCGCAGAAUUUACAGUCAAGACAGAAACUGUUUUUUUUUUUUUGUCGCUCAUAAUCAAUUUGAUAUAUUUUACUAUACACAGUCUGGGGUAUAGAUUCUAUGUAGAUGUUAUUUUGAUUUAAGUUGUUUUGAUAUCAUAGGCAGAAGUCUUUUGUCAAGAUAUAUGUGACAGACGUGGCUGGCCAUUAUGUUUAUACAAUGUCUAUACUGUUUCUGUCUUUCUAAUCGUCUGCGAGAUACAAUGGCUUUAGUUGUCUCAUUUAUGUGCACAUAAUAUUUCACUGGAUGGUUUUAUGCUGUGUUCCUGUCAUAUAGAGUUGAAAUGAUUAGUCUGAAGUUUCCGUCCAAAUUUAGUGCAGAUUUUAAACAAAUUUCCAGAACAUCUGCGAAAGAAAAUGCAAAUUAAUGCGCGUUUCCAUCCACUACUGUAAUGUGAAUAUUUGGUUCAUCGAGACGAACAGCUGGUGGAGCAAAUUCUCCUCAUUCGAGUGCCAUUAAACCGCUGCAGAAGAACAAGAUGAUGUAAUUUAAAAGAGCUCCAGUCAAAGCUCAAACAAUGGAAAACAUGAUGGAAAUAUGACUGUUCUGUUAGUUUCAUGUAUUAAUGUGAGGAAGGUUACAGUCUCCUCCUCGCUCCGCACAGAUCUGAUGUUUACAGUCACAUGCUUCAUGUACGUCAUGAUUUAUUCACCAAGUCUGGUUCAAUUGCACUUGGUCGCAUUUUGCUUUUAUCGAUACACCAACAGCCAAGCAUCAAAACUUCUUAUGUUUUCCCCCGAAAAAUGAUCAUAAAAGCAGGUGGACGGAAACGCAUUUAAUCAAUCAAGUUGUGAUUGAAAGAAAGUUAAUGGGCAAGUCAACAUUCUCCAAUGUGAAGAUUUGCUGCCUCUCUGUGUCUCAUGAGAGUAAACUCUUUUGGUUGGUGACCAAUUUAAUGUGGGCAUCUUUCACUGUUUUCUGACAUCUGACAAAAACAAAUGAAUCAGUUAAUCAAGAAAAUAAUCAGCAGAUUAAUCGAUAAUCAAAAAAAAGAUUACUUGCUGCCCUAAAUGUCAUGCGGGAGAAACAGCGUCAACAUCAACAUUCAAGUCAUAAUUACAUCUGGGAGGCUGAUGUCUUUUAGAAAAGCUCCGAUAAAUCAGACUUAAAUCACUUAAAUCCCCUGAAAAGUGGAAGUAUUUCUCCAUAACAUGACUUAAUAAGCAACCUCAGUAAAAAAAAAAAACUUCUCUUGGUAUCAACUUUUAACAGUUUAACACUCAAACUCAGCUAAUCUGCUUCAUCGGGACUGUGUAGGUGUGGUUUGAUCGGAUUUGAUUGAUGGCAACCAAACGACUGUCGUCAUUGGUUCACGAAAAGUAUGUGACAUCACCUUUAUUGUAACUGAGCCCCGCCCACUUCAAAGCAGUGAGAAGAGCGAAAAAUCAGAAAUCUCUCAAGCGAAAUAACUACAGCUGUCCUAACUGUGGUACAAAGUGGUGUUUUCAUGGAGGAUCCCAGCGCUCGUAGUAAGAAGCUGAUUGAGAAGUUUUUAGGGCCUUAAAAUAACAAACAUGGAUGUCGUUCAAGGUGAUUAAACUCAAAUUUAAUGGAUAUAGGGUCAAUACACAGUAUUGUCAAUACACAGUAUUUUUAACCCUCACACGACCAAGUCUGCAGUCAUUCAGCUCUCCUGAGUGAUCUGAUGACUCGCCAAUAAUCUCUGGGACCGCAACUAAUGAUUGUUUUCAUUGUCAGUUAAUUAUUGGUGAUCAUUUUCUCGACUGUUAGUGAAAAAAUGCCUAUUAAGGUGACACAUGACUCAUUCAGCCAACAGUCUGAAACCAAAAUGUAUAUCAUUUGCAAAAAACCCCCAGAAUAUUUGGCUUUUUUGCUUGAAAAAUCACUGAAACAAUCAGUUAACAAAUUGCCGAUUAAUUGAUUAAUCAACUAAUCCUUUCAGCUCUAGCCGUAAACACGAGUCUCUUCCUUCAUCUGUCCCAUAUGACAUGAACGUGGUGUCUUCGACCAUCGAUCCACAGUGAAACGAAUGUGAAUGAUCGGAUCUGAGUGCUCGCAGGAAACCAGGAGAGUAAAUGGUUGAAUGUACUGCAGUUACACGGGCACGUGCUAACCGAAUGAUCACGUGGAGAGAAAUUAACCCUCUUGAGUUGUAUUUAUGAAGUUGAAGUGCAAUGGAAAAAAAUUGUUUUUUGUAUUUAAGUAACUCGAUUUGUCAGUUUUCUUUCCAUUUAAGUAUUUGUUUCCAUCUGAUGGUUUAAACUUGUUUCUGAAUGUUUAAUUUUUAGAAAUUUCAUUGUAUAUAAAGAUCAAAUGUUUACCUGUUAAUGAAAUAAAAUGACUUUGGCAUGAUUCUGA